UUUUCACGUUUCUGUGGGUUGGCUAGGCUCAUCUAGGAGGUUUUACUGCUUCAUGUGCUGUUAGCUGCGGUCACUCACCCAGUGGCAUAGCACUGGAGCUGAGCUGGGGCUGGAACAGCCAAGAUGGCCUCACUCAUGUGUCUGGCAAUUGGUGCUGAUGGUCAUCUGGGAAACCACUGUUUUCCACUGGCUUCUUAUCCUCCAGGGCCUCUCUGUCUCACCAUGUGGCCUUUCCCACAGGACAGUCCAGACUUCUGUACAUUGUAGCUGGUUCCCAAGAGGGCAAAACUGGAAUCUGCAAGUCCUCGUAAGCUUGGAGACCAUAUAGCAUCACUUCUAUAGCAUUCUACUAGUCAAAGCAAGACACUGAGUUAACGCAAAUUCAGCUCCACCUCUGGAUGGGAGAAGUGUCAAAGUCACAUUGCCAAAGAGCAGGCGUGAUGGGAGAGAGUUUGGGGUCGUCUAUGGAAACAAUCUACCAAGCCCAGAGAAGGGCAAGUCUAAACAUAUUUCCCCAACCCUAAAACUUUUGUUAUUAUCCCCAGCUUCCUCCCACACAAGGUUUGGUUAGUUCUUCCCAGGACAUGAAGGAGUCUGAGAAGGUCCCUCCAUUCUGUACAUCUUCCCAUGGGGACGCUCUCCAGGCUAAGCCCGUAUGUUCUCCUGCUGCUCCCACCCACCUGUGCACACUUCUAGGCUCACACAGAGAUGCCCCUUGCCUGCUUCCUAGAUUGUGCCUUGGGAUGGGUGGCAUUAGUGUCUGCACUCCGGGCUCUCCACCAAGGGGUACAAUGCCCUUAAACUCCAGGAUGGUGGUGCAAGGCUUUGAUUCCGAGGCUCUACCCUCCUUUCCUACCCUCCUACCCAGCCACUUUAUGGCCUGUAACGAACCACCCUAAGCGUGGCAGGUGGGACCUGGGAGUGAGCGCCCCCUGCUGGCCAUCGAGGGCCCAGCAAGAACUGAGGUUCAGAGUCCCGGGGAGUCUCCCAGUUCUGGGUCCUGGUCCCAGGGGAAAGAGGGGAAUCUGGUCUCGCCACGGACUUCAAGGUCCCUUCCGUCUUGGUGGGGAAGAGCUGCCGGGCUGGGCCCACCACUGUGCGCCCGGGUAGGAGCGGGCUUCUCCUCAUGGACGGAGCUGUCCAUCCACUACCCCCUCCGCCUCCACGGGAUGGACUAGCACUUGAGGAGAGUCCUGACAUCGGAGGGGAAAGAGGAGGUUAGCUUGGGGGCGCGGGACGGCUAGCUUUUCACUUUCUACUUUGGGAUUCACCAUCCCGGUAAAAAAAAAAAAAAGUUGUCAGGCCUUCCCUCUCUCCUGAAGCGCCUGCAAAGAACACCAUCCCGGCUAACGAACACCAUGAAUCCGCAGCAGCCCGCAAGCUCCGCUUCAGGCUCCCUCUACCUGAGACGGGAGAGGACAACACCCACCCCACCCCUUUCAUUUCGGGCGUGGGGCGGUCUGGGAAGGAGAUCUCAGCUGUCCCGCGAUACGCACACAACAGCUACACACCCGCAACCGAGAGGGCGAGUUUGGCACCCCCGCCCCCCACCCCUCCCUCCCGCGAGCUAGCCAGCCUACACUCCCGCCGCUGCCCGCCCCCUUCUCACAGCCGGGACGCGCCUCCCUCCAGCAGCCCAGCCCGGAGAGCUCCGCGUCUCCGCCGCCACCCGCUCUGGACAGGCUGGGUCACAGCCGAAGCAUGGAGUCCGGGAAGCCCCCUGAGCCCCGCGAACCCGGGCCUGGGGCAGAGACCGCCGCGGUCCCGCGUUGGGCGGAAGCCAAGACUUUCCACGACAACCUCGCGCCCAAGAAGAAACCCAAAUCGCCCAAGCCUCAGAACGCAGUCACCAUUGCUGUGUCCUCGCGAGCCUUGUUCCGCAUGGACGAGGAGCAGCGGAUCUACGCGGAGCAGGGUGUGGAGGAGUACGUGCGAUACCAGCUAGAACACGAGAACGAGCCAUUUAGCCCGGGGCCGGCCUUCCCCUUCGUGAAGGCUCUGGAGGCUGUGAACAGGCAGCUGCGGGAGCUGUACCCCGACAGUGAAGACCUCUUCGACAUCGUCCUGGUCACCAACAACCACGCUCAAGUGGGCGUCCGUCUCAUUAACAGCAUCAACCACUAUGACCUGUUCAUCGAGAGGUUCUGCAUGACAGGUGGGAAUAGCCCCAUCUGCUACCUCAAGGCCUAUCACACUAACCUCUACUUGUCAGCUGAUGCGGAAAAAGUUCAGGAAGCCAUUGAUGAAGGGAUCGCAGCCGCCACCGUCUUCAGUCCCAGCAGGGACGUGGCCGUAUCCCAGAGUCAGCUGCGUGUGGCUUUCGAUGGGGAUGCCGUGCUUUUCUCAGAUGAGUCAGAGCGCAUCGUCAAGGCGCAUGGGCUGGACAGAUUCUUCGAGCAUGAGAAGGCCCACGAGAACAAACCCUUGGCCCAGGGCCCUUUGAAGGGCUUUCUGGAGGCGCUGGGUAGGCUGCAGAAGAAGUUCUAUUCCAAGGGCCUGCGUCUGGAGUGCCCAAUCCGCACCUACUUGGUGACAGCACGCAGUGCAGCCAGUUCUGGGGCCCGGGCUCUCAAGACACUGCGCAGCUGGGGCCUGGAGACGGAUGAGGCCCUGUUCCUUGCGGGAGCACCCAAGGGCCCCCUCCUCGAGAAGAUCCGCCCACACAUCUUCUUUGAUGACCAGAUGUUCCAUGUGGCUGGGGCUCAGGAGAUGGGCACAGUGGCCGCCCAUGUGCCUUACGGGGUGGCCCAGACACCCCGGCGGACGGUACCUAUGAAGUAGGCCCCAGCUGCUCAGUAGCUGCGCUACCAGCUUCACUGACCCACAGUGCUCCAGGCACAGCUCUCUGUCAUACUUUGACACGUCGUCCAGUGGACCCUUCUCGUUCCUCACCACUCUGCCCUGCUGCAUGUCUGCCCUCAGCCCUAUGAGUGAGGUACUUGGAGGCAAUUGUGCAGACUGGGCAGCGUACUUAUCAGCCUCCUUCUGGGCCAACACUGUGCCAUGGUCCUGGCUAGGAAAGGAAGACUGUGCAGAAUGGCUGGGUCAGAGGAGCCAGGAUGCCUCAAAGGGGGUUUGGGGUGAAAACGAGCUCAGUGUGGUGCAAAGAACGCUGCUUUGAGAGAGAAGGGAUCUGAUCUCUAAGCUCUGGCUUGGCAUUAACUGCAUGACUUUGAGUAUGUCCCUCCCCUUCACAAGCCUCGGUUUCCAGUUUCCCCAUCUUUUAUGUGGUUUUCUAACUCCUUUAGCUAAAGAAGUUUGGUUUAUAAGAUCGCCCUCCUUGGAGGAAGCAUUCUAUGCCGGGGCUGCUGAUCCAUAUGGCACCGUGGUGCAGAUUACAGAAGGACACUGUCUCUAGAAUGAACUAUGAAAAGAAGACCCUUCCUCUGGGCAGAUCCAGACCACACUGGGGUACACAGCUUGCUUAGCAGGAUAUAAGUAGAAUUUCAGCCCCUUCUGACUCCUCAGCCCACAGAGGCCUUUGUCAAAGGGGCAAAAUGCACAGUUGUCCACAGCAAUCCUACCUAUAAUCUUACAAGUUUGGAAACCACUGGACAAGAUGACCCAUCUGCUUCCUGUGACUCUGACCUGAGUCCUUAGGGGUCAGCUGCCAACUAGGGUGGUCUGUGAAAGGAAUGAGGGACUUAAUGUAAUCUGCACCUAAACUCCGGUCCAGCCAGCAGGGGGCACUGAAGGCCCCUCCUGGGAAGGAGCUUCAGUGGCGGCCUGCGCAGUGCUUCCUUUGCUUUUGCUUUUAGCCAAAUUUCAGUUGUCCCUGCCUGCCAACCCCCUCACCUCAACCUUCACUCCCUCCAUUAUUGUAUUCUGCUGUGUCACCAAGCAGCUCUGCCAGUGGGGAAAGAGGCGGAGCAUCAGGGUUUACUGUUGUUGGCCCAUGGAAGAAAGCUCAGUGGCUGAAGUGGGAGGUUGUCCAGACUGAGCCCGAGGGAAGGCCGCCUGGGGUGACAUGGGAAAUGUGAGGACUGAGGAGGUCUGAUCUGAGGCAGUGACCAGUUAGAGAAGAAGGAGCUGAAAUGUGCACUAGAAGAUUCUCCAGCUACAGGAUCGAGAGUGGAGAUAAUGAGUUCUCCAUCCUGGGAUGCUAUGCAAGGGACACCCUCUGAGGUACACCUGUGAAUCCUCCACCCUGCAGGAACCCCUGCAGCCCUUUUGUCACCACUUCCAGGGUAGAACUCUCACUACUUGAUGAGUCAGCUUCCUCCUUUGCUGACCAGCCUGGCUCUCCGGAGGGAUGGUGGAGCACUGAUGGCUGGUCCCUCAGGAAGACCUAGAGGGCUGAGCAGAUAUCUGUAUGGGGGGCUUGGCUCCCAGGGAGCAUCCUCGCUGUGAGCAAGUAAUUUGUGAAGAAAACCAAAGGUGUCAUCGGAGGGGACAGGAGUCUGGAGGUGUGUGCAGGGGAGCUAGAACGCUUGUGGGGUCAGGAAAAGGGGAGCAAGGGCCAUUCAGGGCCUGACCUUUGGCCUUUUGAGGACUCAGCCCAGGGUCUGAAUGGGCACAGGUGCUGUGCAGUGUAGGGCAGGGCCGUAGUUGCAGAAAGAUCAUUCAGGAAGGAGAAAAAGUGAGAAAACAGAGGUGGUUCUCGAAAUGAGCAAUAGUUGGGGCCAGAAUUGAAGUGCUGGGCUGGGCUUUCACUAUCCAUGUUGCAGGCCACUUAGAGGCUGGUCCUGGGGAGGGGACAAGGCUGUGCUGAGUGCCCGGGGCAGACGCCCAGCACCAGCACCGACUGCCUUAUCAGGGGAAGGGCGGGUGAUGAAGAUAUGUUUAUAGAAGGUCAUUUCAUCCUCAGCCAGGAUCUUUCUGGACCACAGAGGAGUCCUCAGGGCAGAAGGCCUGGUUUUGAGCUCCAAGCCCAGCUAGAGAUACUGUGAGAUCUAAGAACAGCCUUGAGGAAAGGAAGUGAGGAAGAGAGUUCAACCGAAGUCAUCUUUGAUCUUGGCUGAACGACAGAAACGCCUUUUGUCCUCCAUCCCCUUGGAUGAGCCUGCAGGGCUCCCAGAGCCAGCUGGUGGCCCACAGAAUGGCGUGACCAGGGUGGACACAAGCAUUGUGAAGGCUGCACCAGAUGUCGCCUAAUUAAGAUAAACCCCAGGGAUUCUGGGAACCAAGAGGCCCUGUUCCCAGGGCCUAGUGAUAAACACCACUGAUUCUCCUAGGUCUGUGAGGAAGGAGAAAAAUAUGAUGCUGGCAGCAGAAAGAUAAGGUGCAGUUAAAGCCUGGAUUUCACUGGAGCCACUGUUAAUAGACAGAGACAGCCCUGGGCAAUGAGAGACAGUAGGGUCCAAAUUCUAUUAUUGAAACCAUAAAUGGGCAUCUCAGGCCUAGAAAAAAGCUUUCAGAGGCUGAAAUAAAAGGCCAGAAGUCCUGAGGGCAUGUUUAGGCAGCAGCCAGACACACCAGAUUGUUUCAAGGAGUGAGGAGGAGCAUUUGCCAGGCAAAUUAAAAAGCCAGGUGAACACCAGAGCCCCAGGCCCAACUUGUUCUGCAGCAAUGGGGCAGAGGGACCAUAGUUCCUGACAUGCUGGACCCCCGUAGCCAAAACUAUUGCACCCCAACAAGUCCUGCAGAACACGUCCCAGGAAAUGCUUUCCAAUAAAGUCCCCCAUUCAAUGGAAACUGC